AUGGCUACCUCAUCACCAAAGUCCUACCCGAUGCCCACACUGCUGAAGGCGUCGGACGUCUUCACCCCGCUGCAGAUCGACGUACUCCGCGCGCUCGGUGAUGCCGUCGUACCUGCCCUCGAGGGCGAGGAGGCCGCAAACGUCCUCUCCCAGCUCCCCGCGGCCGCUACCAGUCGGCAGCGCGAGCUCGCCCCGCGGUACGCCUCGGACGGUUUCGCCAGCGACCCGCGCCUUCUCGACUGCGCCGCCACCCAGAUGAAGGCCUCGCUCUCCGACAGCUCCUUUGGCGACAUCGCGCUCCUCCUCUCCCUCAUCGGCACCCGCCCAGGCUGCCUCGCACUUACCGGCUACCUCGGCCCCUAUCAGAGCCUCAGCCGCCAGGACCGCGAGGCCGUGCUCAAAAAAUGGAGCGCCUCGCCCAUCUCGCUCCUGCGCAAAGCCGCGUCGGGCCUGCGCGGCAUCGUCCUCCUCGUCUUCUACCGCAACCACCAGCCUGCUUGGGAGGCUAUCGGUUAUCCGGACGGCCCCGCAGACGACUGGCAGAAGAAUGCCCCACAGCAAGAGCCCGCGGUGCCUCACUACGAGUACAUCUUCGAAAACGACAAGCUCGCCGCCCAGCCGGAGGGCACCGAGCUCAUCGUCGAUACCGAGGUCCUCGUCAUCGGUACUGGUUCUGGAGGCGGCGUUGCAGGUAGUUACCUGGCGCAGCGCGGCGUGCGGACCCUCAUCGUCGACAAGGGCAUCUACCUCCGACCCGACCAGGUUGUCGGACGCGAGGAUCAGGGUUACUCGCUCCUCUACGAAGGCCAGGGGAUCAUGCCCUCGGAGGACGCCACCAUCAACAUUCUCGCGGGCUCCACCUUUGGCGGCGGCACCUCGAUCAACUGGUCAGCCUCGCUCAAGCCGCGCCACUUUGUCCGUCGCGCCUGGGCCGAAAAGUACGGCGUACCCUACUACAAUAGCCCUUUCUUCACCUCGGACCUCAAUGCCGUCUGCACCCGCAUGGGCGUCGCCGUGGCGCCAAUCCGACACAAUGUCUCCAACUCGCUCCUGGCGCUCGGCUCUCAGCGCGCCGGCCAGCCCGUCGAACCCGUCCCCCAGAACAGCGGCGGCCACACUCACUAUUGUGGAAAGUGCCAGUUGGGCUGCAUCUCGGGCCACAAGCAGGGGGGCGUCGUUUCGUGGCUCAAGGACGCUGCCGAGGCAGGUGCCGCCUUCAUGACCAACUGCCGCGUCGAGCGCAUCCUCUUUGACGGCAAGAAGCGCGCCAUUGGCGCCAUGGCCACCGUCGACGGUCGUCGUGUCAAGAUCCUGGCCAGCAAGGGCGUCGUUGUGUCGGCCGGCUCGAUCCAGACGCCUGCUCUCCUGCUCCGCACGCCCGAGCUCAAGUACAACAAGCAGAUCGGGAAGAACCUCCGUCUUCACCCUGCCACGGUGGUGACCGGCUACUACAACUUCCCGAUCAAGCCAUGGGAGGGCGGCUUGCUGACCAUGGUCUCCAACGGCGCAGAAAUGGUCGACCCGGAGGGUUGGGGCUGCAAGAUCGAGGUCAUUGCCUCUUCGCCCUCGGUCCAUGCGGCCUUCUCCAACUACAUGGGCGGCGCCGAACACAAGGCCAAAAUGAUCCGCUACUCUCACUCCUACACCAUGGUCAUCAUCUGCCGCGACCGCGAUGCGGGACAGGUCGUGCUCGACAAGCAGGGCAACGCACGCGUCAAGUAUGUCAUCUCGAAGUUCGACCAGAGGAGCCUGCUGCAGGGCAUCCUUCGGGGCGCCGAUGCGCACAUGGCGGCAGGCGCCGUCGAGAUUUCGACGGCCCAAGUUGGCGUGCCGGCCUUUACGGGUCAGGUCGCAAACACGACCUCUGUGCCAAGCGCUAGCGCAUCGGCCUCGGUUGUGCCGCCGUCGGACCAUGUCUUCAAAGAGACCACGCAGGUUCCCGCCACCUACACGCCCGUUGACACGGUGCCGCGCGACCUCAACGACCCGGCGUACAAGGCGUGGCAGAAGAAGGUGAUUGCCGUCGGAGCGCAGCCCUACCUCCUCUCGAUUGGCAGCGCCCACCAGAUGGCGUCGUGCCGCAUGGGCGCCUCGCCCUCGUCUUCGGCCCUCGACCCCGAGGGUCGCGUCUGGGGCACCAAGAAUCUCUGGGUCGCAGACGCCAGCAUCAUGCCCGAGAGCAGCGGCGUCAACCCGAUGAUCACUACCAUGGCCGGCGCUCGCGGCGUAGCCCGCAACGUUGCACGCGAGAUCGGAGCCGUCGAGUCGCUUCCGCUUCGCGGCGAAGCUGGUGGCCACGGUGAGGCCAGGCUGUAG